AAUAUAAUAUGCUUGGGGCAAUGGCAUUAGAGCCCUCAUCUGACUGUGAGUAUCCUAACUGUUCGGAGGGUGCUGAGAGUGAGUCUGAUUGGAAUCUCUAUUCCCCAAAAAGAGAAAAUGGUUCCUUAUAUUCAAGAUCAAGGAAGAAGAACAUACCUCCUUUCAGUGUACAGUGUUGUUCUCCCCAGGACUGUUUCACUAGGCCAGAGAGUGACAAAAAGGACUCAGUAUUUCUUCCUCCAGAGGAGGAAGGCUCUGUGAGGUUUUCUGAGAAAAAUUAUCUCAGGCUGAGCCCUGAGCGUAUCAGAAGGAAAAUCGAACCAAUGAGAGAGGUGACCAUCCAAGACUUACUGAGGGAGUUUGGGAUCAAUGGGAAGUUCCAGCCAAACUCCAUGUCCUUGGGCCACUUUAGAGAUCAGAUGGUUGUGAAGUUCCGAAGAGCUCUGUACUAUUCUGGGAUCUGAGUGUCCCAUGUCCAGGGCUAUAGAUGUGAAAAGCACUUUUCAGCUAAAUAUUUCAAAAAAAAUCCUGGUAGCCUACAUCAUCUGGUUCCCUGGCUAAAACGUGAACUAAGAGCUGUUUAUGGAGAUUAUGGCUACACAGUGAAGAAUAUUGUAGCUGCCAUCCUCUAUCAUAUGACUAAAUAUGAUUUGGAUAGUGAGUCCUUCAUUCACCUCUUGGAACCUUUUCUCCUACAACAUACACACCAUUUCCUGCAUGAGUUUAUCAGUUUUGUUCAUUCACCUUACAACAUGGAAACCUAUGACCAGCGAGCCAUCUAUCAAUGCCCUUUUGUAUCAGCAUGGGUAAAAAAGAAGUCUGUUGAUUUAGGUCCUAUUUUCCCUUUGCCUAAAGAUCAUGAUCUAAUGAUGUCUCAGAGUGAUAAAGACAGGUCUAAAGACAACCAGAGUCAGGGGAAUAAAGAGGACAGUUCUGAGUCUCCCUUGAAACCGUUUGCAAAUGGUAACUCUUCUUUGAAAAACUCUAACGUACCACAAAUCCUUCAUAAAGCAGCAAGCAAAAUCCACAUUUGGACCAAAGAGAAACCAGAAUCAGGCAAUCACAAAGGCACCGUUUCUCCAGAUAAUAUGCUUCUGAGUUGGGCUGCCCAAAGGGAAAAUGGUCCAGGAAAGCUUAAUUGCAAAAAUCAUGUUCAAGAGAAAAACACAGAAGGGAUAAAGUUGCAUCCGAGUCACAUCCAGGAUCUGCGAAACAUUGAAACAACGUCAUACACCUUCAGCUCCCCAGAAAUUCCUAAUCAGAGGCAACCACAGAAGUACAAUCUAAGAAAGAGAAAGGUUUUACACAUUGGACCCUGGAAAAAUUUCCAGAAAGAACAAAUAGAAAAUACCAAAUACUCAGAUUCUUCACCAAAGGUUUUUCAAAGACUGUCCAGAGAAAGAUCCUUGUUAAAUUGCACACCCAGAAGGCGAGAUCCUUCUUGCAGUUGCAUCUCAGAAAAUGCUCUCUCUCCUAAGAGAAACAUUAGGAAGCUAAGUUCUUUCAGAAAAAAGAGGUCAAAGAGCAGACAUCCUUCCCAGUUUAUUGAAGUUGGUUCACACUGCAGUCGAAGAACCCAAAGACAAGGAAGGUCCAGUACACAAAGAUCUAAAUCCUGUUGUGUCGGACAUAGAAGGGGAUCUGAAAGCAGAGAGUCAAGUAAUUUCUCUCUGAGAAUAAGUCAAAAAUGUGAGCCCUUCACUCAGAAUAUAGGAUGUGAGCCCCCCAAAGGCAAGAAUAUGCAUGGCCUCGAAUCAAUCUAUGAGAGGGCAUCUUUGAUCCCAGUCCAAUAUCUGAAGCUUUCUUCAACAGCUGGGAAGAGGCCCAAAUGUCCUUCUAAAGGUGAAGGUGCUUACCAAACUGAGAACCACUGUAACCAUCCCACUUGCCUACAUGUUGUGAAACAAAGAUCCCCGAAUAAUGAGGAGCUGAAGCAAAAAGCCACAUUUCCUAGAGCUGGAAGAACCAGACGAAUUAGUCACAGGAAAAACAAAAGCCAGCGCUCAGAUACACACACCAUGGAUGAAGUCAGUGAUGAGUUGGAGGAUCUGGAUAGUACAUGGCAAAAAAUUGUUUCUUCUGAAUGCACACACUCUUACAGGAAGCCAAUCUCCCAACACCAGAAGUUUUCAGAAAUGCCAUAGAGUCAAGAAUAAAUACAGAGGAAAACUCACAUUAGGAACAGAGGUGCAAAUUGUUUUCAAAGGCGAAUCAAUUGAUUUAGCUGCCAAGUACCAGUAAAAGUACGAGCAUAAUCUGAAAACAUUACUAAAAAUAUUUAUCACAUUACUUUGUAAUUGGAAC